UAUACUAUACCUAUUAGGUAUAUAAUAAUAUUUAUACACCUUGGCUUACUAGUUAGUAGUUACUGUCUACUAUAGUAUAUUAUAUAUAGGACGUAUUUCGACCACAAAAUAGAUAUAACUUCGACUAUUAUUAUUAUUGUUAUUCUCGACGCCGCGAUAGAGUUGAGCAACAGGUUGUUUUUUUGCGUUGCUUGUGUUUUAUACUGAUUGGUAAAAACUUUCUUAUUUUUUAUUCCAAAUAGCGUUACGAUGAACGUAAACAAUAAUUAUCGUUGUUGAAAACGACACACGAUGAGCUUCUCCAGUCAGAUAUUCCGUUCACCGGAGUACACGAGCUUCAGGUGCAACGUGCCUCUCAAACAAAUCAUAUUGGACGAUACCGGCACGAAUAAGGGAUGGAGAGUGUAUGACACGGGUCCUCGUUCAGUUCAAACCCCGUUAGUGUUCUUGCUUCCAGUUAGUGGACGAGCCGAAGUCUUCUUCAAACAAUUGCUAACGCUUAGUUCAAAAGGCUAUCGAGUCAUAUCAGCUGAAAAUCCACCUUAUUGGAGUGUGACUGAAUGGUGUGAGGGAUUCAUGCAACUGUUGGAUCAUAUGGAUAUUAAACAAGUGCAUUUAUUUGGUGCUUCAUUAGGUGGAUUUUUGGCUCAAAAGUUUGUAGAGUUUUCUACAAUUGUACAUCAACCUAAAGUUGUAUCACUAUUCUUGUGCAACUCUUUUACUGAUACAUCAAUAUUCAAAUAUAAAGAUGCUGCUGUUUUAUUUUGGAUUUUACCUGCAAUGGUGCUUAGGAAAAUGGUGUUAUCAAAUUUUUCAUCAAGGGAAACAUUUUACGAUACACGGAUAAUGGAUUCAAUAGAUUUUAUGGUCGAACUGAUUGAAUCAUUAUCACAGGCUGAUCUAGCAUCUCGUUUGACCAUGAACUGUUUGAAUAGCCGUGUUAAUACAUCAUUGAUGAGAGGCUUAAAAAGUGUCACCCUUAUGGAUGUAUUUGAUGACUAUGCCUUAGGUUCGCCCAUUAAGGAAAAAAUUUAUCAGGAAUAUCCUGAAGCUAAACUGGCUCAACUCAAGUCUGGCGGUAAUUUUCCAUACCUAAGUCGCAGUGAUGAAGUUAAUUUACACUUGCAGAUACAUUUGAGAAAAUAUGAUGGUACUCCUUUUAGUGCAAGUGAUAACAUUCCCAAUGCAGAGUAACUCAAAUACUUUAUCACAAAAAACUGCUCAACAUUUAUACAUUAUUACUGACCAAUUUGCUGAAUAAAAGUGUGCUGUGAAAUAGUUUGGCCAAUUUAUAAACACACAAUAUACAUUUAAUUGCAUUUAGUGAUUAAAUAAUUUUUAAUUUUA